AUGAGCACCAGCGAAGCCCCAAAGAAAGUAACUCUUAGAAGUUGUGACGAACAUGAAUUUAAAGUUGAUAUACCAGUUGCAAGUCGUUCCAUCUUGCUCAAAAACAUGAUUGAAGAUGUAGGAGAGACCGACCAAUCUAUCCCUCUGCCUAACGUCAAUGAGAAGGUCUUAAAAAAGGUAUUGGAAUGGUGCGAGCAUCAUGUUAAAGAUGCUCAACCGACCAACGACGAUGAUGAUUCUCGUCGACGAAAUACUGAUAUCGAGGACUGGGAUCAGAAAUUUCUUAAUGUUGAACAAGACAUGUUAUUUGAAAUAAUUCUGGCCGCCAACUAUUUGGAUAUUAAACCAUUGCUCGACAUCGGAUGUAAAACUGUGGCUAAUAUGAUCAAAGGAAAAUCACCCGAAGAAAUUCGUCAAACAUUCAACAUCAUCAACGAUUUCACCCCCGAGGAGGAAGAGCAAAUCCGUAAAGAAAAUGAAUGGGCCGAAGAUCGAUAA